ACUAAGGUACUUAACAAAAGUCCAAAACCAAAACCAAAAUCACCACCCUCUCACCCAGUCACUCACUGUCCAUUGAGAAAGUUGAGGGCUCAGACACACUGAAUGGCCUCUCACAACCACCACCACCCCCACCCCCACCAAGCUCCGCCUCCUUCCACCCACUGCUGCUGCAACCCUUCUUACACUUGUUGCAGCACUUCACCCCACCACCCAUGUCCACCACCACCACCACCACCACCACAGGAUCACCUUGUACAAGCCAUUGCCUCACUCCUAUCUCAACCACACCCUAUUCCCUCUCAACUCUUCCCCCAUUACACCAAAUCUCACACUCAUCACAACCUUUUCACUCAAAACAAUCACCUUCAACCCCAACCCCAACACCAACACCAAAACCAAACCCAUUCUACAAUCUCCUCCCUCCUACACCGCAUCGAAUCCCUUGAAUCCUCUCUCAACCAUCACACGCGCCACUCUCUACGGGACGCUGCUGCACGCAUAAUCCAAACCCAUUUUCGUUCCUUCCUCGUUCGCAGAUCAAGAACCCUAAGGCACCUCAAGCACCUCGCUUUCAUCAAGUCCACCUUCAACGCUCUCAAAUCCUCCUUUUCCAACCACACCCACAUCGAUUUCGCAGCUCUCUCUCUCAAAGCCAUGGACUUGCUCCUUGAACUUGAUUCCAUUCAGGGUUGUGAUCCAAUGAUUGUGGAGGGGAAAAGGUCGAUAAGUAGAGAUUUGGUUCAGUUUUUAGACUCCAUAGAAGAGGUUGCUGCAAAAAAACGUGUGCUUUAUGUCAAAGCAGCAAAGAAUGCAAGGUCUGUUCAGAAAGUUCACAAGCCCAGAAAUUCAGGUGAUGAAGAAAAGAGAAAGCUGUUGCAGAAUUUGAGGGGCAGGGUUGAGAAGAUUAGCAGAUUGUUUAAGGUUUCUGCAAAUGAUGAAGAAGAUUCGGAGCCCGAGGAGGGUAUUAAUCAUGACGAUGGAAUAACUAAUGUUUUGAUUGGUAGAAGGGAUGAGGUUUCCCUAAACAAAAAUGGGGUCUUUGUUCAAAGGCAAGGAGUUCAACCUAGAGUGAAGAAAAGUGUGAGAUUUGCAGAGAAUGGGAAUAUUUGUGAGGUUUAUAACAGCAGCACUUGUGAACCGGAUCUAAGUGGAAAUGUGACUUGCUCGGAUGGAAAUUCAUCUAGUGAUGACCAAGGAGAGGUUUUGGAGGAUGUCAAUUGUGCAGUUGAAGAUGUUGUGGAUUCUUCUCAGGGUGCUGAAGAUGAUGAGGAAGUCCUGGUUGUAGACAGUGGAGGAUCAUCACAUAGCAGUGGGGAAAGGAACUCUAGAAGGGAUUUCAAAUAUGAUGGCAGAAAUAAAGUGAAAGGGCAGCUUCAGGCUCACGAAGAGAAGCUUCUGUUCUCUGCUCCAAUGCCUAUUAAGAUGGAAAACAGAACUGAUUUAAAGAAGAGUAAAGGUGUGAAAAUUUUGACGUGAAAGGUCAUAUCACGAUCAUGUAAGACUUAGUUUACUUUUGAUUUGCUUUGUUUAAUUGUAUUCUAGGAGUAUUUGAUGGGACUCCAGAUUUGGUAGAGAACUUUUGAGUGUCUAAUUGGUCGUUGGUUCUGUAAAUGGACUUGUAAUGCUCCACUUCAGUUGUUGUUUACUAGUGUGAGACUAUCAGCUGUUCC